GCUGCACUUAUCCUCAGACUGUCAGACAUAUCGAUUAAAUAAAUCCCAUCUCUACGUAGAAGCUUCUGUGUUCCUUAUAGAUAUAUACAGAGAGAGAGGUGCCGAAUUCUACAAAGAUAUCAUUUGCAGAUCUGUCUGUGAAAGGACCUGUUUUUCUAGAACGAUCGUUCUUGGAUUUUGCAGAAAAAUCUUGGUCUCUCCCACGUCCAAUUCAUCAAGUCGAUAUAUGCAGUAACAAUGCCAACUGAGGUAAACCACCUGCCUGAUCAUGACUCCAAACCCAUCAGUACUACUCUUUGCUGGCUUGACAAAAUGAAGGCUCUGUCUCAUCAAGAAGAUGAAUUAGCCAAGGCAGUACAGAAGAAGAUUGUAAGGAAGAAUUUAACAGCAAAUAAACCUGCUUCAAAUCAGAAGAAGACUUGCAUAUGCGCUCCAACUCAACACGAAGGUUCAUUUAGGUGUCACCUCCAUCGAGUCAGCGUAGAAUCACAUAAUAAGUCAAACAUUAAUGCCAAGAAUGUUCUUGAUCUGGAUGGUAAACAGCCUAGGCUAUCCAGAUUUGGUAGGGAUGCAUCUACUAGAGCUUGCCAUGACAGCCUACCUUUAACGAUGGCUGAGCAAGUUAAUUAAGUGAGGUUCUUUUUGGUCCCUAGACUUGACUCUCUUCCAUAUAUAGUUGUAAGUGACAAUAGUCACACAAACGAUUUUCAAAAUUUCAAUCGUCUCAAAAUUUUAUUU